AACUGCAGAAUCUCCUGUCCUUCAAUAUUUAUCUCCAUUUAUUAAUGAUAAUAAGGGGGUUGAGGGGUUUAAAAACAAUGCAGUGUACAUAACCGAAGGGGGAAAAGAGCAUCGAGGACAGUUAAUUCCCCAGAGGAUCAACAAUGACGCCGAAACGAAAGACCACAAGCUCGGAAUCGACAUCCUCGAGCUCCUCAGGUUCUUCCUCAAGCAGUUCCUCGAGUUCGGGAAGUGAAUCCAGUUCCUCUGAUUCCGAAAACUCAAGUAGUUCAGCUCGGAGUCCAAAAGUGUCGGAUACAGAGCGGAAUAAGAAGAAAGCACAGCCUAUAGCCAAUAGACAUGGAAAAUCGAAGGCUGAAACGACUGCUGGAGGCUCUGAGACGAAGAUUAAAGAGAAAUCAGCGCCAAAGCCUCGUCCAACAGUUGUUUAUUCCUCAGAGUCCGAGGAAUCCCCGACUAAAUCGAAACCCUCGGCGAAGAGGAAACCUCCGACGAAGCCGAAGGCAACAGCUACUGUUGCUCCUGUGAUAAAGGCCCAGAGACCUUCCGGAAAAGCCAGUCAUGCCCCGUCUCAGCAGCAUAAGAAUGCUCUCGCUUCCAAAUUACUGCAUAACAAAGGGAAUAAGGGUUCUGGGGGUGGUGGUAAUGCUGGCAAAAUGUCGGAUAAAUCGGGGAAACCUCCUUCUGAGCCUGUGCAGAAGAAAUUGAAGAAGAAGAGCAUCUUCAGUCCUGAGAAUAGCAGUGAGAGCGACAGUCCGUCUCCUCCGAAGUCGAGUGUCAAGGGGAGUGGCAACGUUACCAAGUCGAAACCACCUCCGAAGCCCAAGGGCAGUGAAUCGAAACCCAGACCACCGGUAAAUCGACCCAGUCUAGUUACAAGGCAACAGAUAAAAUCUGAGAGUUCAGCGAGCUCGAAGAGCUGUUCAGGGGGCUCCGGUGGUUCAGGAUCCUCAGGUUCCUCUGAUAGUAGCUCAGACUCUGACUCGUCUGACAGUCCCCCCAGUCCUCAGCCACCUGUGAAGAAAAAGGAGACACAUUCGUCGAGUAAUGCUUCCAGUGCACUUCCCAAAAGACCUUCAGUGGCUGUGGCUGCUGUGAAGCCACAGAAAAAUACAAAACGGCCAGUGAUAAAGAGUGAAGAUGAUGCUACAGAGAGUGAUAAAGACGAGGAUGAGCCCCCUGGGAGGAGCUCAAUGGCGACGUCCCCGAAAGGAAAGAAAAAAAUACCUCCGAGAAAAGGCAGUAAAUUAAUCCAAUCUCAGAUUAAGGAAGAAAGUGAUUCAGAGUCUGACACAGUGGAUGUGAAGAGGAGCACGAGUAAAUCUCCUGUGAAACGAGCGGCAGGAAGACACUCUUCAGCAACAUCAAGGACCACUCAUAGCUCAGGUGGUUCUGGAAGAGGAUCACAGAGUACAACAGGACGAUCGCGCUCAGUCAAAGAGCGAGAAUGCCCUCUGGCAGCAACAUGCGAGUCUUUUGGACACUUAUCAGGGAAAUUUGAUAUGCAUUUCACACUUGAAGCGUGUCCAUUGUAUCAUAAUACAACACCACAGGCUUGUGUGGACUUUUAUAAAGAACGGAAGAAACGUGAGGAUGAGCGUAAAAAAGCGUUGAUGAAUAUAGGAAAAAAAUCACCGAAAGGGAUGCACCAGACCAAUGAUCAAAGGCACUAUCAAUUAAAGGUCAAAGACUUGAGGUCGAAACGAAGCCGACCAAAUGGGGAUGGCAAUGAUAGCGAUAGUGGGGGUGAACCCCCUGGGAUUGAAAAGGAUCGACAGCCUCGGUUGACCGGUCUCACUUCCGAUUACGAUCUAAAAUUGUUCAUGGAGGCACAGGCACUUGCCAGUGAAAAAAUUGAGAAAGAGCUGAAAGACCUUGACUAUGAGGGCGAGGGCCGCAAUGGGGGUGGCACAAAGUGCGUAGAAAUGGGAAAAUGGGAGAUGGAAGUUUGGUAUCAGAGUCCAUAUCCCGAGGAGUUCAGCCGAGCCCCGAAGCUCUACUUGUGUGAAUUCUGCUUGAGGUACGCCAAGAGUAAGCAAGUCUUGAGGAGGCACAGAGAAAAGUGUAUUUGGAAGCAUCCACCGGGUCAUGAAGUCUACAGAAAAGACAAAAUUGGCGUGUGGGAAGUGGACGGUAAGCGGUACAAGCAGUACUGCCAGAACCUCUGUCUUCUGGCGAAAUUUUUCCUCGACCACAAGACCCUCUACUACGACGUCGAGCCCUUUCUCUUCUACGUAAUGACAAUCAACGACUCCGAGGGCUGUCACACCGUCGGUUACUUCAGCAAAAUGAAGGCGGGUCUAUUUGAAAUGGAGAAAAAUUCGUUCUUGAAUUACAACGUCUCGUGUAUACUUACACUGCCGCCCUAUCAGCGUCAAGGAUAUGGAAGGCUUCUCAUUGAUUUCAGUUAUCUCUUAACGAGGGUUGAGAAGAAAAUUGGCUCACCGGAAAAACCAUUGUCCGAUCUCGGUCUCAUAUCGUAUCGUAGCUAUUGGAAAGACGUGCUACUACAGUAUCUCUGCAACUUCGGUGGAAAGGAGCUUUCAGUAAAAGACAUUAGCAAGGAGAUGGCAAUUGACUCAUACGACAUUGUCAGCACUCUCCAGGCCCUCGGUAUGAUGAAAUACUGGAAGGGAAAACAUAUUAUCCUGAAAAAACAGGACGUAAUCGACGACUACAAGGAGAGGGUAAAACGACGUGGCCCUGUCUACAAAGAAAUCGAUCCGGAGUGUCUGAAAUGGAAUCCCUUCCAGCCACCCAAGACGCCCUCAGCCACCAACUGAACUCAGCAGACGAGUAAGGGACAAUGAUGUCGUUGACGCCAACCAGACAACACCGACAACCAACACCAAGAUUACUGGUCUUUUUUUCUCCCCUGUUCAUUUUUCAUGGCCAUGUGGAGAAUCGAGGGAAAAUCCCUCCUAAUUGGAGCUAAUGUAAGGGAAGAUUCACCCUGGUCAUGUAUGAGCUACGAUCGGAGACAAAGUAUUGAAAGGGGGGGAAUGCCAGGAGGUGCCCUUCCAGUACUCACGGGGAAGACGAGGCAUCUUUUCGUUCGCAAAUGCAUGACGUUAAUGCGCAACUCGGGGAAAUGAUUCGAAAGGGUAUGUCUCGGAAUUAUUUCAAACGAACCGCUGCGUGAUCGUACACUGAGAAAAACAAACUGUCCAUAACUAACUUUUUAGCUUCUCUCCUAUUCAUUUCGUUUUUACUGCACAUUCGACAUUCAAUGGAUUAUUAAACUUCAUUAUACAAUGAAGUCUCCAUAAGUACAGAGUGUGUGAAAUAUUUCACGAUCGAUCCUCCAUGAAUACAUGCAUCAAAAAUUCAUUGAAACUGUAGGAAUUCCCGCAAUACAUAACAAAGUAUCAUAACUUGCAAUGUAUUGAGUAAGAAUUCACCUUCGUCAUGGCUUUUUGAAAUUUAGAGGAUAUCUGGUGCUUUUCUGCGGGAGAAAUCGAGUGGACUUGUUUUAAAAAACCAUAACAUUGAGUUAGGUCUAUUUAAUUUGAAAUUCUAAGAUAUGUCCUAGAAGAAAAACCGUAACUCGGGGACAUGAUUCAAAACGGUGAAACGAUUUGAAAAGGUUUGCACUAAAAAUUCGAAAAGAUUCAACUCAAUCUUGUAGUUAAAAAAGAACUAACUCAAUUCCUCCCUCAAGAAAGCACUAAUUCACCUGAAAUUUAAAAAGGCAUCAAUCAAGUAAACUCUUCUGAAGCUCGAACAAAACAGCAGCUGUCCACAAUUAACUUUUUAGCUUUCUCUCUAUUUAUUUUAUUUUUGCUUCAUAUUUGACAUUCAAUGGACUCCCAAACUUCAUUAUACAACGAAGUUCCCGUAACUACAGAGUGUGUGAAAUAUUUUACGAUCGCUCCUACAUAAAUAAACGUGUCAAUAAAUUCACUGAAACUAGGAAUUCCCUACUUUCUUGCAAGAGUAAUCGAGUCAACCCUUUUUAAAACCACAACAUUCGAGUUAAAACUAUGGAAUUUUGAAUUCUGAGACAGCCCACUCUGAAUCGUUUCUUCGAAUUGUCAUUUUAGCGGCACUGAAAAAAUAUUUCAUGAGAUUACUUUCUUUGUAACGAGAAUCCUCCGCUAACAACGGGAUUUUCGUUCAUUAAUUAAUUAAUCUCGUGCCUUAAUCACUUGAAACCUUCGCUUUCUCAUGAUUCCCAAGGUAAAUUAAUAAUGAGUUUUGGGGAGACACCAUUCCAGGGAUUUUGGGGAUGAAAUAAUGUGCAAAUGGGUGAGAGUUAUUUACCAACUUUAAUUACAAUUAACUAGUUGGGAGGGGGAAAACUACCUAGAGUGAGCCUCGGGGCAAUCAAGAUGUAAUAUAAUAUUUGUGGGUUAUCAUUUUAGGUAGAUUCCUGGUGCUUUCAGAUCAAGUACAAAUUAAUCAUAUUUGACUCAUUACUGUGUCAAUUGUGGGAAUAUUUGUAAUGUUAUGUAAAUAUAUUAAUUGGGUGAAACAGUU